CACCUUGAUAAACCUGGACAGAUGCUUCAACUUUGAAGACGAAAUAAACGAACGCAAAUGCCAAUCACGUUUUGCGCACACUACCUCAAAUAUUGCUCUAAACAUUUUGUUUUGUUGAUAGAGAAUCGGAAGCGGCGUUCAAGUGAAUUGACCAAUAUAUUGUAGAGGUAAUCGAGAAGUCAUCAUAUUCGGUUCGUAACAAUGGAGGACUCUACCAUCCGGAUCACGCACUACAUAAACCCGCACAUGUUUUGGUACAAACCGGUGUCGGCUUAUGUUCACAAUCUUGAAGAAAAACGAUUUCAGUUGGCGAUAGAUGAGUACUGUGAAGAGAAUUUUCGAGAGGCAAGCGCUGACAGGAAUUACGAGGCCUUCCCGGGUGAGACGGUCGCAGUUCUAGAUUUCGACAGAAACAAGUGGUGCCGUUGCGUUGUCGAUGAAGUUAUCGAAGGCAAAGAUGGAGACAAACGGUACAGUUUAUGGGCAAUCGAUGACGGAGUUCCGAUUCAGUCUUCAUCCCAAUAUGUCAAUUUGUUACCACAAAAGUUCUCGUCUGACGUGUCCAGCAAGGUCAAACGAGGAGCAAUCAAAAAUGUUCUACCAUCUGAGUGUAUCUUCGACAACCAUAUGGACAAAUUGAUCUCAAAGAUCACUCUUCGUUGGGAUAACAACGCUUCUGGCGUGCUCCAAUCAAUAAUUCAGAAUGCUAGCACCAUAUACUUCCGAAACGUGACCAAACAUCACGUUCAUAAUGUGUUGGUCAAUUUUGGAGAUCUCGAAAUUGUGUCACGCAAAGACAAUUUUUUUAAUGCCGGUCAGAUACUAAAAGAAAUCCGUCAGGCCACCGAAGUUGAACCUAGAGAUUUUAUUACUAGACUUUCAGAAAUUCAAACUAUGAGCGUGAACCGCUGCCUUACGAAUGACGCGACUGAAAAAAGAAGCCACGGCAAAGUGCAUAGCGCAAGUCCAAUAAAAACUCAAUACGAACGCAAUGGGUCGAACAAAAUCCCGAAUGGCGCAGGUGAUGACGGUCAGUCUCGUGAUCUGGAGCUAAACGGUGUCGAUGAAGAAGAUUUUGACGAAAGCGCCAGCAUGAUAAGACCGAAUCAUACGCGAGAAUGUACUCGACCGCAACCGUCAGUGGAAGCAAUUGCAGAAAACUCUCACUCAGACGAUGAAACAUACCCGAUUGCAUCGUCACGCGUGAAAAAUGCUCGAAAUAUACAAUAUGAAAAACAACUUUGGCAGCAGAAAACUCGUCCCUAUAACCCAAUCACGAUUGCCAAUUUGAGAAUCAAUCAACCAAGUGACCAUAAGUCUAAUAAUUUGUCAUUCAUCAAUUCUCCUCUUGAAAAACGGACAUGCGGAGAAAUUGAACCCGAGGAGCUUUCGGGAAAACCGAAAUCGACGGUUUCAUUUUUGGCCAAACUGGAGAUGCGCAAAAAACAACGAGCUGCACAGAAAUCGAUUGACGAAGGGGAGCAAACACAGAAAACAUCGUCGCCGUCAUCAUCCCACAGAUAUACCAACAUUAACAUCAUACCGGCCGGCUUCAACAUGGGCAACAUUGGCUUUGAUAGCGGAAGGGUAGUGGCUGGAGAUUCAUCUGAUUCCUCCGAACGCAAAUCGAAGCACACGUCGCCGAGUUUCAAGCUGAGACAGUCAAAAAUGAAACAAGAAAAGAGCCAACAUUCGUUGUCAGAUGAACAACAACAGCAGCGUCAUGUCGAUGCUGAUCUUAAUGGGGGAAAGUUCAGCAAUGGUCACGAUUCCGGUGUCGAAAAUGGUCGCGUGUUUGUGACAAAAAAUACGAGUCGAUUCGAUCAAUUAAUCGAGGAGGAAGCAUGCAUUCGUUCGAGAUUAUGCCAUCAACGGUUGUUGGUGCAUGGUAAACGUAUCCCGAAACCGAUAGAGCGACUGGAAAAUGCCAAUUUUUGUCCAGAGGUUCAUCGUGAACUCAACAUGUUCAACUUCAAUUCGAUUCACCGAAUUCAAACCUAUGCGUGGCCGCAUAUUUUGCGGGGAAAUUCAUUUUUCUGCGUGAAUUCAGCUAUGACAGGAAAGACGUUCGCAUUUCUUCCGGCUAUUUGUUCGUCGGUCAUGAAAAUGCAUGACGAAGAACUAGUGCCGAAAGGAGCAGGGCCGAUGGCUAUUAUCAUAUGCAAAUCAUCUAGGGAAGUUCAACGAGUGGCAAGCUAUUGCAAGAAAAUGCUUAACUUUUCAAUAAACAAGGCAAUGGCAGUAGUUGAAGCGUUUGGUGCAAGAGACAUUACGAAGGCUUGCAACCUUUUACUGAAUGGUUGCGCAAUUUUGGUAGCAACCGCACCCGGAUAUCGACGAGUGUUUGAAAGCAUGCCGAACGCUUUUGUAAAAGAACGAAUUCAGUCAAUCGUCAUCGAUAACAUCGACAGCAUCAUUGAACGAUUCGGCAGCGAGCUUCAAUUGCUAUGCAAAAACUGUGACAAACCUGAAAUUCAAAUGGUUGUAACUGCAACAUAUUGGAAUCCGUUGUUUUUUGGAUUUUUGAAAAAAUACAAAAACAUGAUUAUCUGUAUCGGGGCUUAUUUGGAAGCUGCCAUCUAUGGAAAAUCAAAUUUGGUGUUGAAACUACAAACGCGCGAUAAAAAAAUUUCAGAAAUUAUCCAUUUUGUGAAGACACAUGAUUACCAGAACGAGAGGACGUUGAUUGUGUGCAGCAAUGCUUCCGAGGUAUACGAAGUAACUGAACAACUAAAAAAUCAAUCUAUUACGCACAUGUUUUGCAACGAUCAGACUAUGCUUUCAAAAAUGGAUGGUUUCAAGGAGUGGGACAAUCAACUACCAGGUGAAAUGCAUGUGAUGGUUUGCUAUGACGCCGUCUUACCCGAUAUGGAAAUAAACAAGGCGCAGCAUAUCAUCCAUUUUUCACUGCCUAAAUCGUGGACGAUGUUUACACGUCGGUUUGCCUGUUCGUUUGGAUAUUACAGAAAUCCAUUGUGUGAUGAUACUACCAUGCGGUAUAACCCAUCAUCUUCGUUGGUGCUGCUUGACGAGAAUAACAACGAACAGUUGCCGAAGCUAGUGGAAUUCCUACGCAUACACAAUCAAGAAGUGGCGGAAUCAAUAGUCAAACUGACCAAUAAUAUUCGCAUCCAACAAGAAGAGGAGAAACUUUCCCUUGGCAAUCCGGUGGAUUUUUGCCAUCAAGUGCUCGAUUUCGGCACAUGUCGAAGCGCAGGUUGUAUGAAGAGGCACGUUUUCACAACCAGAGACCUGUCGUUAGGUACACUGCCAUCCAGUGGAGUAAUCAAGCUGAAAAUAUACAACAUGUUUUCGCCGACACAUUACACGGCUCGAGUACUUGAACAUCGAGACUAUGGGGCAAACAGUUGGACCACAGUUAACGAUGCACAGGAAUUUUUUGCUUUGGACAUCGAAAUACAACAGCAUUAUGCAAAUGAAGAACGGCACUGUAGUCACGGCGAUGUACAUUACAACGACUGGUGUGUCAUUUAUGAUGAGUUACGAUAUUGGCGCUGUCGUAUUAUGAGCAUUGAACCAAAAAAGGAGCAUGUUACAAGCCGAAAGUUGAAAGUUAAACUUUUGGAUAUAGGCCGUACUGUUGACUGUGUGUCUUCAGAGUUACUUUAUAUGCCAAAAGAGUUUUGCCGACUUCCAGCACAAGCCAUCGACAUUCGAAUAGUGGGUGUUGUUCCACAUGAUUUCGAAACAGAGUGGGACAAGCGAGUGACUGUAACCAUUCGGGAGUGGAUCGAUAAAUACACCGCAAAUGAUAAGUUCCACGUGGAGGGUAAAAUAAUGCUAGCAAUACGAGACGUUAUCUGGGUGGACACGAUUAGGCUGGUCGAGCAUUUGAGAGGGAUAAACACCGAUAUCAACGAGAUUCAUGUAAAAUCGCAGAUAAUCGGUAAAAAUUUUGGUGUCACCGAUAAAGAACCGUUAGUUUUGUUAAAUAAGAUGGUACAGGAUUGUGAAGCGUACAGAAAACGAGCCAACAAUUUGGUGGGGGAAGAAGCUGUCGAUGAUAAGAAUGUAGCCGAUAACUGCGGUACAGAUUUGAAUACAAACCAGUUUUUUCCCAACGAUACGAGACUAAAGGAUAUAGAUAAAUGCGUACAAUCGCCCGUACUCCUAAAACCAAUAGAGAACAGCGAUACUGAUUCUGAUGACUGCGCAUCCGUAGUUGCAAAGACAAAAGAUAGUGAAACUACCAACUCUGUCGAUAUUUCAAAUGAUCUACCGAAACAGAUGGACGAGUUGCAGAUAACUCCCAGCAGAGAGAGACGGGAUCGAAAUUUUUUUGAAACAUAUGAUGACUUUGAAAUGGAAGAAACAUAUGAAGUGUUUAUUUCACAGUAUUAUGGUCCGGAUGAUUUUUACAUUUGUCGAGUGGAAAGAUUCUCUCUUAUUUCAACAAUGAUUGCCAACUUCGCCGAAGCUGAAACAACAUUAGUUCCCCUACAGCAAGCACAAGUUGGAGAUUAUUGUCUGGUGUUGUAUGACAAUGCCUACCAACGGGCUAAGAUUAUACAUAUCCAGUCCCGAGAUAUUCGGGUUUUUUUUCUAGAUCUAGGCGGAUAUGAUAUGUACUCAGCGAUAGAUCUGUUUGAGCUUCCCGAUGAUUUACUAAAGGCUUCGUCUUUUUGUGCGAUCAAAGGAAAAUUUGCUUGUCUACAGCCUCGAGAGGAGGAGUCGCAGACUUGGAGUUCCGAGAUAGGCGACAAAAUCUACGAUCAAGUGCUGGCUAACUAUCGCACCUUCAACGCAAAAGCGUUACAUGUGAUUGAACAACCCCACGCGGAUCCAUUAGUCAAAUGUAAUUCAUACCGAUUUUUGCUUUUUGAUCCAGAACACGAGCUAGAAUCGUGGAUAUUUGAUGAAAUUGUUGAAUUGAAACUGGCUCGCUAUAUAGAAGACGAGAGGCCGUACGCGAUAGACAUAAACUUUGGCGAUGACGACUUCCGUCAGUUUCUAGAUCCCAGUUAUAAAGUUCCGAAAAAGUCGAACGAUAACAAUUUCGAAAUUCGAAUAGAAGAAAUCACUGAACCAACCCAAUCGAUACCGCCAAAUGAAGACAAACCGCCACCAGAGAAAGCUUCAACGAAAUUAACGCUACUGAAACAGCGGCUGCGUAAAAAGAAGCUAGAAACCUCAACCACGUAUCCUAGAUUAAAACGUGACUUCUGUAGCCCCAAAACCAUUUGGCGACAAGAUAAUUCUUUCAUUGUGAUUCGAAUAGCCUCCCCUGAGAAUGUUGUGUACGAUAUGGCCGUUGAUUCAGAUUCUCUAGAAGUGUGCUAUGUGCACGAUGAAGAGAAAUACCUACUUUCAAUUGUUUUCUUCGGUGCAAUUAUGCCAGAACUGACAAUUCAUGAGGUACGUGGUUUGUCAAUCGUGGUACGACUAGUCAAACUAGUCCCAACAAUGCAGUGGCCGUCAGUAAUGCGACACGGGGAUAAAGUUCCUUGGCUACAGCAAUGUAUAGAGGUACCCAACUCAGAUGAAACUGAUGCUACAGAUGGUAUGCAGCAGACGUUCCCUUCCGUACCCAACCUGAACGACGUGUCGGAUAGUUCGAGUGAAGAACCAGACUUUGGCGACCAAUUCGAUCAGUUCGAUCCAAUCGAGGACGAUUACUUCAUGAGGGACGAAUAAAGUACGCCGUCAAUCUUGGUCGAUCUUAUUUAAUCACCCUUGUUGUUUACGACGAAUGCGAGAUUCAAACGAAAGUGGUUCGUAUUCUUGUUUACGACAGCAAAAUCAAAUAGGUUUAGUAUUCGUUCCAACCGCUUUCGAACGAAUCUUGCAUACGUCGUAAACAAGAAUAAGGGUGAAUAUAUUGUUUUAUACCUGUCCCGACCUUGGUAUGUCAUUAUAGCUUUCAAAGCCUGUUUACUAAUGGAUAUUACAUUUAUAAUUUCGAUAGAA